CGUGGUGGGCAGCUUCUCCGCCGGGAGGACCCCGGGUCCUUGCUUCCGGAGCGGGAUCGGACGGAGCGAGAGAGCGGCCAAGAUGAACCUGGAGUUGUUAGAGUCCUUUGGACAGAACUAUCCAGAGGAAGCUGAUGGCACUUUGGACUGUAUUAGUAUGGCCCUUACAUGUACUUUUAAUAGGUGGGGCACUCUCCUAGCAGUGGGUUGUAAUGAUGGCCGAAUUGUCAUCUGGGACUUCUUGACAAGAGGCAUAGCCAAAAUUAUCAGUGCCCAUAUCCACCCAGUCUGUUCCUUAUGUUGGAGUCGAGAUGGUCACAAGUUGGUCAGCGCAUCAACUGAUAAUAUGGUUUCUCAGUGGGAUGUUCUUUCAGGUGAUUGUGACCAAAGAUUUCGUUUCCCUUCACCUAUCCUAAAGGUUCAGUAUCAUCCCCGAGAUCAGAACAGGGUCUUGGUAUGCCCAAUGAAAUCUGCUCCAGUAAUGCUAACUUUGUCUGAUUCAAAACAUGUUGUCCUGCCAGUGGAUGAUGAUUCUGAUCUAAAUGUGGUGGCUUCAUUUGACAGGCGAGGAGAAUAUAUCUAUACAGGAAAUGCUAAAGGAAAGAUCUUGGUCUUAAAGACAGACACUCAAGACCUUGUUGCUUCCUUCAGAGUAACCACAGGAACCAGCAACACCACAGCUAUUAAAUCGAUAGAGUUUGCGCGAAAAGGAAGUUGCUUCCUAAUAAAUACUGCUGAUCGCAUAAUUAGAGUCUACGAUGGUCGGGAAAUCUUGACUUGUGGUAGAGAUGGAGAACCAGAACCAAUGCAGAAGCUACAAGACUUAGUGAACCGGACACCUUGGAAAAAAUGCUGUUUCUCUGGUGAUGGAGAGUAUAUUGUUGCAGGUUCAGCACGCCAGCAUGCUUUGUACAUCUGGGAGAAGAGUAUUGGAAACCUAGUGAAAAUUCUUCAUGGCACUAGGGGGGAGUUGCUGCUAGAUGUAGCAUGGCAUCCUGUCCGACCUAUCAUUGCUUCAAUUUCCAGUGGCGUCGUAUCCAUUUGGGCUCAAAAUCAAGUGGAAAACUGGAGUGCCUUUGCACCUGAUUUUAAAGAGCUGGAUGAAAAUGUUGAGUAUGAAGAACGGGAGUCUGAGUUUGACAUAGAGGAUGAAGAUAAGAGUGAGCCGGAGCAGACAGGUGCUGAUGCGGCAGAGGAUGAAGAGGUGGAUGUAACCAGUGUAGAUCCCAUUGCUGCUUUUUGUAGCAGCCUUCCAAGAUUUACAAAACUGAAACGAGAAAGUAUGGGUGAUGAAGAGCUAGAAGAUUCCAAAGCUUUGUUGUACUUGCCCAUUGCUCCUGAAGUGGAAGAUCCUGAAGAAAACCCAUAUGGCCCCCCACCAGAUGCAGUCCAGACUGCCUUACCUGAUGAGGGGAUUGGCUGUGACAAGAAGAGGCAGUCCUUGUCUGAUGGACCUCAGCCACCUAAGAAGAAACCCAAAACCACCAACAUAGAACUGCAGGGAGUUCCCAAUGAUGAGGUCCAUCCGCUUCUGGGUGUGAAAGGAGAUGGUAAAUCCAAGAAGAAGCAAGCAGGCAGGCCUAAAGGAUCAAAAGGUAAAGAGAAAGAUUCUCCAUUUAAACCGAAACUCUACAAAGGGGACAGAGGUUCUUUACCUCUGGAAGGAGCAGCAAAGGGUAAAGUGCAGGCGGAGCUGGGACAGCCUUUGCCAGCAGGUGGUGGGAUCUCAGAGCUGCUAUGAAGAUUCCCUGCCCCUUCUACAUUGAUCCUUAUUUCCUGCAGUGGUAUAACAAUAUUGAAUAAGGACAAAAUAUUCAGUCAGAUAAUGGACUGACUUUAACUUAAUAUGGCAAGGACAAGUGGCCUGGCUGCCUAUGUAUACAAGAAUCAGUUUUUGAAAAGAAGCAAAAUUAUGGAAGAGGAAAAUCUUUCUCCCUGAUCCUUUCUUGUGAACAUUGAAUGAACAAGUUGACUGUCAGGAAAGAGGAUCUGUAUAGAAUCUGAGAAUAGGAAACUAUUUUUCUUUAUUAGUCCAAUUAAAAUUUCCCAAAGUACAAAGUACAAGACCCCUUCCUUUGAGUUAUGACCUUUUCAUAGUUUUUGCUGCAUAUCAUUCUCAAGAAGCCGAACAUUAAAGACCUGCCGUUCUGUUGUGGAUCUCAGCACGUUACUAAUGGAUUGUUUCUAAUUGAAAAAAUUACUCGGUGCAUCAUUAUUUUCUCUGUUAUACACUUUGGCUUGCAGUGGUUUUGUAGGCCUGCUAUUAAUGCUUAGAUGUCCCUUGUAUUGCUCAUUGCUUUCCAAGGUGACCUAUUUUUGAAGGUUUGGAAUAGAUACCUGGAAUCCCAAUGAGCCCAGAAGGAUGACGGGGUUAUAGAGGUGUUACAGGAAACUGAUGCUGAUUGCAAGAACAAAGGAGAGAGUGAGAGAAGCAGCCAUUUAUUCAGACAAAAGAAACAGGAUAUAGAGCAACCCAUCUCACUCAUCAGCUCAUUAUAUUUCCUAGUAUCACCCACGACCCAGAAAUGCCUUUUCUCCUUUUCACCACUCCUGAACAUGCAGGGAGAACUAAUGUCUUCUCAGAGGUGACAAAUGCAUCUCGGACAGAACAUGGAAACAUAAUGAGGAGAGGUGUGAUUUACUUGUGCUUUUACUCUCUGUCCCAUCCAGAGAUUUGUGUUUUCUUGCUGUCCAAAUACUUGAAAAGGUUGCAUUUGCAUUUCCAGUGCAGGUGAUUGUUCAGUCUAGAAUCAUAUUAAUCAUAUUUUAAAUAAUGUUUUCUCCAGAAUAUAAAAUGAGAUUUCUACAUCUGGCUUUGUGUUCAAAAGAGUAUAUUUCAAAACAAAUAAGUAAACCUCAAAUUGCAGACUUUUGCAGACUUUUGGGGGGCGGGCUUAGCAAUUUUGCUGACAGGAAGUCUCACCCAACCUGUUGAGUUCCUCUUCUAAUGAAACUGUGAAUUGGUCCUUAUAUUCUCUAGCAUAAUUUAUGGCAUCUCUAACCAAAAAUACUUCAAUACAGUCCUUCGGUGUACAAUUCUGCCACAUAGCCUGUCAGUCCAUAGAAGACUGGGACAAACUAGUCCUACUGCGUGUGUGGUAUUAUGGAUCCCUGCUUUAUUUCUCCCAUUCACUAUUCUUAAAAUCCUUUUGAUACUCUUGAAGUUUGUACAAAACUUGACAUAAUGACUGCUUGUUGGUUUUCUGUAAAGUACUGUUGUGAUACUAGCUUAUGUGUUUGUAAAUAAAGAAGUAUGUUUAUUUCUUA